CUCCCUUCCUCGCUAAGCCCCGCCCCGUCCAAGGUCUCCACCUCCCCCCCGAGUGUCCCAGCGAUGGCGUCCUCGGCUCUGCUGCGGCCGCUGCUACUGAGGGGGGCCCCGUGGGGCCGCCUCGCGCCGCUCGGAGCCUUCACGACGACCGUGAGGGGGGCCAAGCAAUGGCAGCCGGACGUGGAAUUCAUCGAAGAGCACAGCAAAACCUUCAUGUACCCCACGGCCAUCACGUCCAAGUGGGUGGCACCUCCGUGGAACGACAAGGUUCCCUUGCCCGAGAGGGACGUCUCCACCCUCACCAUCAACUUUGGGCCCCAGCACCCAGCUGCCCAUGGGGUCCUUCGGCUCGUCAUGGAGCUGAGCGGGGAGUCUGUCAAGCGGUGUGACCCACACAUCGGCCUGCUGCACCGUGGCACCGAGAAGCUCAUCGAGUACAAGACCUACCUGCAGGCCCUGCCAUACUUUGACCGCCUGGACUACGUCUCCAUGAUGUGCAAUGAACAGUGCUACUCGCUGGCCGUCGAGAAGCUGCUGAACAUCCGCCCACCUCCUCGUGCUCAGUGGAUACGCGUGCUGUUUGCCGAGAUGACACGUGUGGCGAACCACGUGAUGGCGCUCACCACCCACGCACUGGACGUGGGUGCCCUCACCCCCUUCUUCUGGAUGUUCGAGGAGCGCGAGAAGAUGUUUGAGUUUUAUGAGCGAGUUUCCGGAGCCAGAAUGCACGCAGCCUACAUCAGACCCGGAGGUGUCCACCAGGACAUGCCCCUGGGUCUCAUGGAUGACAUCUACGAGUUCAUAAAGAACUUCUCCAUUCGUAUCGACGAGCUGGAAGAGAUGCUCACGAGUAAUCGUAUCUGGAAGAAUCGUCUGGUGGACAUCGGCGUGGUGACAGCAGAGGAAGCCCUCAACUACGGAUUCAGCGGGGUGAUGCUCAGGGGCUCUGGGAUCAAGUGGGACCUGCGCAAGACGCAGCCCUACGAGGUCUACGACCAGCUGGAGUUCGACGUGCCAGUGGGGUCACGCGGAGACUGCUACGAUCGGUACCUUUGUCGCGUGGAGGAGAUGAGGCAGAGUCUGAGGAUCAUGCUGCAGUGCCUCAACAAGAUGCCCACGGGCGAGAUCAAGGUGGACGAUGCCAAAGUCUCCCCACCAAAGCGGUCGGAGAUGAAGACGUCAAUGGAGGCGCUGAUCCACCACUUCAAGCUGUACACGGAGGGCUACCAGGUGCCCCCAGGGGCCACCUACACAGCCAUCGAGGCUCCAAAGGGGGAGUUUGGGGUGUACCUGGUCUCGGAUGGAAGCAGCCGCCCCUAUCGCUGCAAGAUCAAGGCUCCCGGCUUCGCCCACCUGGCUGGGCUGGACAAGAUGGCCAAGGGACACAUGCUGGCUGACGUCGUGGCCAUCAUCGGUACCCAGGACAUCGUGUUUGGGGAAGUUGACCGUUAAUCUCGCACACACGCACACACACACGCACACGCACACACGCACACGCACACAC